AUGAUGGUUUCAACUUUGACAAAACUCGUUUGGACGACUUUGCUCUUGCCCUGGUCUCUGGCUGACCAUGGCCGUGGCAUGGUGGAAGAAGCGGAGGCUGAUGAUGGGAGCAACCAGAUUCGAAUCUUGACAUUUGAUUAUCCAGGCUUUGAUCUGGUGGGGAUGGAAAAGAAUGCCAAGAACUACUUUGAAAAGACGGGCGUGUCGGUAGUGUACGAGAAGGUAGCUGACUUUUUUGGCUUGCAGGAAGAGAUUCGAAGCCAAGCGGAGAAUCGCUUGCCGCUCUACGAUGGCUACAUUUGCGCACCCUCCGUGGUCGGAUCCGUCGCCCAGUAUGAGGGGUGGGUGGACUUGACCGAGACGGUUCGGACACGGGAUGAAAUUGAGUGGCAAGAUAUGUUGUUGGGUAUUCGGGAGACUGUCGCUGUUUGGGACAACAAGGUUUACAUGCUACCGCUCGACGGAGAUGCACACUUUCUCUUCUACCGCGAGGAUAUCCUCCAAGCAUUUGGCCUGACUGUGCCCCGAACAUGGGACGAGUACUGGCAAGUGGCGAAAGCUGUGCACGGACAGGAGUUUGAAGGGAAAACGCUGUCGGGGUCCUGCAUUGGCCGCCAAGAAGGCUUUCAAAACAGCUAUUGGCUCACCCUCGUCCUUAGCAGCUACACGCAAACGAGGGGACCAUCUCAAGGCCAUCUAUUUGAUCCAACGGAUAUGACGCCCCUUGCUGGAGAGGCCCUAGCGGAGACAAUCAAGAUGAUUGAGCUGCAAGCGACAUACGGACACCCGCUAGAGUUUGAAAUGCACGGUGGUGGUGGAGAGCAUUCGGUCAAUCUCCAAGCCAUGAAUAAUGGAACAUGUGUCUUGACCUACAAUUGGGGCGAUAGCUUCAAGGCUGGCCAAAGUCCAGACAGCGCGGUCAAGGACAAAAUGAAAGUUGCCCAGACACCAGGAUCGACUCGAGUCUACAAUCGAAUGACAAAAAAGCUUGAGCCCUGUACGGAGGAUCUCUGUGGUGGCCCAUCUGGUGAAUUCCAUGAGGACAUUGGUUGGGUCAAUCGGGCUGCGUACCUGGCAUUUGGUGGAUGGUCUGCUGCUGUCAACAACAACAUUAACGACGUCCGGAAGAAGCAGACCUUGGACUUUCUCGUCUACAUGAACUCGCCCAAAGUAUCACUGGAAGAUACAAUAUUGGCACCCGGCACACCAGCGAAUCAGACCACGGGUGUGGAUCCGUACCGCUCGUCGCACCUGGAUCCUGCAUUGUGGGCGGCACAGGGUUACGAGAAGGCAUCAGCACAGUCCUACGCAAGCACCAUCAAGGAAACCUUCCGAAACCCCAACUUGGUGCUCGACCAUCGUUUCUCAGGGGCGGAUCGUAUUGCUGUGUCUAUUGAUUCGCAUCUGUCCAACUAUCUCUCCAGAGCAGUGAUUGAAAAGUCUCUCCCUGUGGAUGAGGAAGCACGGCAGUUGGAAAGACUGAAAGUCGCUGACGCAAUGGCGGAAGAGUUUCGAGAGAUUAUAGCUGAUGAAGACAGCAAACCAGAAAGCCUCAUCCCAGUCCUCUCGCAGUACCAACUAGCUCUUGGCAUCUAUAAACCACCCUAUGACCACAAGGACAUUGGCGGUAUCCGAGUUGUUGGUUGGAUGCUGGCUGCAACUGUCAUUGCUUGCUCCGUUGCCUUUGCUCUGUGGGUUGCAGUCAAACGAGAAACAAGAGUCAUCAAGGUCAGUGCAGAAAUGCAUGCCCUCAACAAUGUCCUUCCCUUCCUUGGAAGACUCAUCAUUGCCCCGCCCAUCUUUCUUUUGUGCUGUCAUGGUUUCCUUCACAGGGUUCCCAACCUGGCUUCCUACUACUGA